CUUAAAAGUUGAAACAAACCGUGGAAACGAAGCCGCCCGCGGCCCCCGUCACUCCAGGCAUGAAAGCAUCUGUAAUUAUAUAGAGUCUUCAGCUCUGUGAUGGGAUCUUCUUUUCUUGGUUUUGAGCUGCGUCUCGGAACAUAUGGAUAAAGAACUUAUCGAAUUGUUCGAAGCGGCAAGGAAGGCUGCAGAUGCUGCGGCAGCGAAGGAGGCUUGCUCUGAUGGAUCCGAGGAAACCCGAUGUCUUGACGCAUUGAAGCGGCUGAAGAAUUUUCCUGUUACGAAGAAUGCUUUAAUCGCAACGCAGGUUGGAAAACGUGUUCGGCAGCUCACAAAGCAUCCUAAAGCAAAGAUCCAGGCUGUAGCUUCUGACUUGGUUGAGACAUGGAAAAAAGUAGUCAUUGAGGAAACAACCGGAAAUAAGAAAAAUGGGAACUCAGAGGAUAAAAGUUCUGCAAAGGUCGAAAAGGGGGAUCCCAUGAUGGUUGAGAAGGUGCCGAAGGUCCGAACUCCCAAGGCUGAAAGAAUUGAUCAGGGUGAGAGAAUAAAAUCUGAGAAGGCUUCAUUUUCAGAAAAUGUCAAGGUUGAGAAGAUUGAGAGAAUAAAACCCGAGAAGGCUUCAUUUUCAGAAACUGUCAAGGUUGAGAAGAUUGAGACUGUCAAAGUGGAGAAGAGUAGUAGGAGUGAGGUUGUGAAGGUUGAAAAGAUAUCCAAAGAAGAAAAGCAAGCUUCUGGAAUUAAGAAACCCCCACAAACUCUCAAUGGCCCUCCAAAACUGACUUCAAUGAUCAAAUGCAAUGAUGCUAUGCGUGAUAAGCUCCGGGAAAAUCUUGCAGAGGCCUUUUCCAGAGUUUCUAAUGAGGUCGAUGAAGAUAUUAGGGAUGAAGUAAAUGCUUAUGAUCCAAUCCGAGUUGCUGUAUCUGUGGAGUCUGCAUUGUUUGAAAAGUGGGGUCGGAGUAAUGGGGCCCAGAAGUUUAAAUACAGAUCCAUAAUGUUCAACAUCCAAGAUCCAAAAAACCCGGAUUUGCGGAGAAGAGUCCUUCUUGGACAGAUCAAGCCAGAGAGACUUCUUGUCAUGACCCCUAAUGAGUUGGCAAGUGAUCAAAGGAGACAGGAGAACAACCAAAUAAAGGAGAAGGCUUUAUUUGAAUGUGAGCGUGGGGGCGCUCCAAAAGCCACAACAGAUCAGUUCAGGUGUGGUCGAUGUGGGCAGAGAAAGUGCACAUACCAUCAAAUGCAGACACGGAGUGCUGAUGAACCUAUGACAACCUAUGUAACAUGUGUAAACUGCAACAACCAUUGGAAGUUCUGUUAGUUGUUGGUUGUCUUUGGAGCUACCAUCCAUGUGGGGCUUGGAUGUUGAACUCUGAAGCUCCAUCCUAAUUUUUUAGAUUAUAUCAACCAUUUGUGCAUUUAGUCUUUGAUUUUCUUUUUUUAUGGAUUAAUUUAUGUAGGAGUUCAGGUGAAUCUUACUUCUGGAGGUAUUCAACCACCUUGAAUUUGGUGUGUUCA